GCGGGCACCUGCCGGGUGGAGCAGGCGGCCGAGGAGCCCAGCAGCGCCGGCGCCCUGAGCAGCAGCUGCAGCGAGCCGAGCCCCCCUGGGGACUCGCCCAGCCUGGACUCCCUGGAGUCUUUCUCCAACCUGCAUUCUUUCCCCAGUAGCUCUGAGUUCAAUAGUGAGGAGGGAGCGGAGACCAGGGUCCCCGAAGACGUGGAGGAGGGCGCGGCGGGGCCGCCCAGGGCUGCACCUCUGUGCAAAGAGGAGGAGGAGGACCCGGCGCAGGUGCUAGCGGCCUCCAAAGAACGCUUUCCCGGACAGUCAGUGUAUCACAUCAAAUGGAUCCAGUGGAAAGAGGAGAACACGCCCAUCAUCACCCAGAAUGAGAACGGACCCUGCCCUUUGCUGGCCAUCCUCAAUGUUUUGCUUCUGGCCUGGAAGGUGAAACUUCCACCAAUGAUGGAAAUCAUAACUGCGGAGCAGCUGAUGGAAUAUUUAGGCGAUUACAUGCUUGAGGCAAAGCCAAAAGAAAUUUCAGAAAUUCAACGUGUAAAUUAUGAACAGAAUAUGAGCGAUGCUAUGGCAAUCUUGCACAAACUGCAGACAGGCUUGGAUGUGAAUGUCAGAUUUACUGGUGUACGAGUGUUCGAGUACACACCAGAGUGUAUAGUCUUCGAUCUUCUAGAUAUUCCUUUGUAUCAUGGGUGGUUAGUGGACCCUCAGACUGAUGACAUUGUAAAAGCUGUUGGCAACUGCAGCUACAACCAACUGGUGGAGAAGAUCAUCUCCUGUAAGCAGUCAGACAACAGCCAGUUGGUUAGUGAAGGCUUUGUAGCUGAGCAGUUUCUAAACAAUACAGCCACUCAACUGACGUACCAUGGAUUAUGUGAACUGACUUCAACCGUUCAGGAAGGAGAGCUCUGUGUGUUCUUUCGGAAUAACCAUUUUAGCACCAUGACAAAACACAAGGGUCAACUGUAUUUGUUGGUAACAGACCAGGGGUUUCUUACUGAAGAAAAAGUUGUCUGGGAAAGCCUGCACAAUGUAGACGGUGAUGGGAAUUUUUGUGACUCAGAAUUCCACCUUCGACCUCCUUCAGAUCCUGAGACUGUGUACAAAGGUCAACAAGACCAAAUAGAUCAGGACUACCUUAUGGCACUGUCACUACAGCAAGAACAGCAGAGCCAAGAGAUCAACUGGGAGCAAAUCCCAGAAGGAAUCAGUGACCUGGAGUUGGCGAAGAAACUCCAAGAAGAGGAGGACAGACGGGCCUCUCAGUACUACCAGGAGCAAGAGCAGGCGCAGGCAGCUGUGGCUGCUGCCACCACUUCCACACAGGUCCAGCAGGGUCAGCCAGCACAAGCCUCUCCAUCAAGUGUAAAACAGCCUGGAAACAGUGAACGGAAACGCAAAGAACCUCGGGAAAAAGACAAAGAGAAAGAAAAGGAAAAAAAUAGUUGUGUGAUAUUAUAGUAAGUGCUGGCAUCUGUGGGAACCACCUAUGCAGAUGACGGAAAGGAAGACCCAGUACCUACCGUCUGUGCCUGAUCUCUCAAUGGAUUUUGUUCUUGUUUUCCAGGGGAAGGUUGUUACUUUGUUACAAUCAACUUUUUUAAGUUACACAAUAUACUCUUUAUGAGCUGGAGUUUUGUUACAAAGUGGAACUGUUGUAUGUUGUCACUUGUAGCCAAAUAAGUAUAUCACUCCUAUUUUACGUUUAGUGAUAUGACAACUCUAAUCAGUUGGUAAGCUACUGUGUUCUUUCUGACAACGGAUGGAGGUCACCAGAGUGAGUCCUAUCCUUCUCAAGAUGUAAUUAUCAGCACAGCUAUUUCUGAAACAUUUAUGCUAAAUUAUGUUCUAAUCCAUAAGAAAUGAGGAGUUUAAUAUAGGGAAAGGGGAAAAAAGCAGGAAUAAAUGACCCUUCAUUGUACACUGAACUGGCUCAGCCCUUGAACAGCUUUACCUUUCUUUAGUAAUGUACAUUUUAGAUAUUAUCUUGAGAACUGAUAAUGAAGCUUGGAUCCAAUUUAGAUAGAAAAAUAUUUUUUAUUUUCCAAUAGCAAAAAAAAAACCCACAAAAUUAUAUGACACUAAUACAUAUAACCUAUCCAAAUCAGAUACUGACUUUGUAGUAUUGUGAGAUUCUGAGGAAUUUUAACAUCUUUAGGUAACCUGAAUGAUGGUUUGUUUGUUAAGGAUGUGGUAAGUGAGGAGACCACACUCAUGUUUUAGCCUUGUAAAUAGGAUGGCAGGGAAGAGCAGAGUUCACUGUCUACCUUUUUCUAGAAUUACCUUGAACCUUAAAUUUUAAACCAUGUUUAUUACUAGAAAAUUAAGCAUAGUUAUUAAAACCAAUAACAAGCACAUUUCUGAAGGAGAGUUAAUCUCUUGACUCUAAUGAAAAGAUAUUAAUAAAAUUCUGAACAUAGCAGGAAUCUGAAGGAAUUUAUGUAAAAGCAGUCAGAUUUUUUUUAACUUAUGAGAACCAAAUAAACCUAAGACAUCUUAUAUCAUUUAUAGGAUUCUGAAAGAAUAUUUACUCAGCUUUGUGAUGAGGCAGCACAUAUUGUAAUUUCUAGAUCAAGUUUGAAAACUAUCCUUAACAGUCCUUUUUAUAUACUUUGUAUUUAAAGUUUGUUUCAGUCAUUUUUAAAGAUUAUUGCCAGUGCAGGUAGCUGUAUGAAUUGCCCUAAGCCUCAGUAAACUUGUUUAUUCAGAAGCAUCACAAAUUGAACAUCCAGUUAGAGAAUAUUUCUUGUGGUCUGGAGACAACAAAAGACUACAAAAAAAAAAAGUAGUCUAGAGUUUCUUAAGACUAUUGUCAUCAACAUUCUCCAUGAUCCCAAACCAACUGUAGGAUGGAUCUGUAUGUAAAAAGUAGUUUUAUUUAUAAAAAGUAUUAUUCUAAGGGGAAAAAUUCAGGGCUAUGCUGUAUCCUUUAUACUCUUCUAUAUUACAUGUCUAUUUAUGUUCUUUGUUAUUCAAAUUUCCUAUGCUAGCAUGGGAACCAAUCAGAGAACAUGCUGGGCUAUAAAAUUUGUGUAUAAAAUACUUAAGUCUCUUGAUUCCAACCUAGAGUGAGUAUGAAUUGUCAAAGACCAGAAUCCUAUGGGUGGGCUGACUCAGCAUAAACAUAUAGAUAGGCAGCACUCUGAUACUUAGAGGAGAAAGCUCAAACCUCAGGGUUUGCUUUUCCCAGAACCAUCUAUUAUCUUAAUUUAGAAAACAAUAACCUUGAGUAAUUUUAAAAAGUAUACUUGAGGCAUAUUUUUCCAUAAUUAUAUACAAUAUCUAUUUAUUGCCCUUAAAAUCUAUAUAUAGAAAUUGUUACUUUUACUAUCUUAAUUUGUUCCAAAGAUAAUACUGCCAUACUGCAUUCCCUCUAGAAGAAAAAAAACAAACACAACUCACUCAAAACCAGCAUCACUAUCAGAUAAGUAGGUGUCAAUGUGCACUUAUGACAAGCAAUGAGUUGUGUUUAUUAAUCCAAUCUUAUGUCAAAUUUCCAAGUCAGGCCUGGUUACAUUCCUGGAAUUGUUUGAUAAGACAAGAGUCAUAAUAUAUGUUUUGAUUACUGUGGGAGAAAUUAAUGUUUGACUCUUAAAACAAAUUUGUGAGAUGCUUUCCUGUCCUCGAAGGCUGUCAAGGAUCUAAAUUGUCGUGUGCUUGUUUCCUAUGUUUUGCUCAAGGUAGCAAGUGAUAUUCAGACAUAUUGUUGCUUAUUUGGGUACAAAGGACUUUGAAUAUGGUAUUUUGAGGGAUUUUUUUCCCCUCAUAAUACUUUGUAAUACUUGAAAUUGUUAUACAUAUCUUGCUAUCAGACGUUAGAAUUUAAACAUUUUGGAGCUUAAUGUUUCUAGACUAAAUUUCAGGCACAUUUGACCGAUAUGCCCACUCAGCAUGAGAACAACUGGCAGGAGGCAAGUGGAAGAGCAAAUAUGGUCCCUGGCUUUUCUCUUGCUUUCAAAGCAGUCUUAAAGUUAGUAGGUCAGUCUUUAUUAGUGUGCAGUUCUUCAUGGGAAACCCUGUUGUAUAACAGUGCUAUGACUUGUAUUAAUUUAUCAAUACCGAGAAGCAUGUUGUUUUUGAAGGUUUCCAUGACCUCUGUUUGGGUCUCAAAGCAAAACUUCCUAUAAAAUUUAAGUCAUUUUAAAAAUAUGCACAUACACACCAGGUUUAGGAGUGUCACCCAGUGGUAGACCAUUUGCCUGGAAUGCUUAAGGCCCUGGGUUCAAUCCCCAGAACAUGCGUAUGUGCAUAGACACACUGAGAAGUAUGGUGUAAGCAGUUAAUCAUGGUGUGGGCUUUAGGCCCAGCCAGUGUUCAUGGGUAGAAUAACUUCCUCCAUGUUUUAAGGGUUUAGGGUUUGAGCAAGACAGAGGCUUAAGUUUGGGAUUAGGUGUAUCUUGUUUUUGUUGCCUCACUUUUCUUCAGUUUGUUUUGGAUUCUUCAUGCUCCUCAUGUCAGACAUAAGCUGACUAAACUCAUGUUAGCCAUUCUGUACUCACACAAAAACCUCAUAGCAUUUUGUUUUCUGUGAACGGUAAACUCAGUGAGGACCUUGAGGACCACAGGGCAGAUGUGAGGAAAUGGAUGACUCACGAUUACUUGUCUGUGUUGGCAUGUGAACAGAUGUCUGUAAAAUCCUAGCAAAUCAAGGCAAGAAUUUUUAGAACUGUCCUCAGUCUUGCUUAAACUUUUAGACAUGGUAUUGCUGUCUAGCCAGCUGACCUGGAAUCAACUGUUGUAGCCCUGGCUACCUUCAAACCCAGAAUCCUCCUGCCUCAGCUUCUCACUGCCGUGAUUACAGGCAUAUGCAUCAUACCCAGCUUGUUUAACUUUCGUAAAGCUAACAGCAAACUGAUUCCAUUGUACCAGUUACUAUUUUUUCUUAUGAAAGCUUACAGGUUUGCACAUAUCACCGUCAUAGGCAUAGAAUUUAAAUUGAAAAAUUAAUGUUUGACAAAAUAAGGCAAAGACAUUAAAGGUAAUUAUUCAUAUUUUAAGGGAUUAGACAUGUGAAAUCCUGGAUCAUUUGAUGUUUGAAGCUUUUGUCUGAGCAUGGUAAUACACACCUGUCACUCAAACACCAAAGGUGUUUGGGGAAGCUGAAGCAGGAGGAUCCUGAGUUCAAGGAGACCCUGGGCAAGUAGUAAGACCCUGUCUCCAAACACAAACCUGCCUUUGUCUUGUUUUGGCAAUCAUUGUGCACCUCAGUUUCCUCUGUGUGCAGGGUGCUCCUAUUCUGCCACUCCCCAUGCUUGCUUCUCCUGAGCACCGAGAAUUACUGAGAUCAUCAGACGUUGCACAGCCUCUGUUCUUGAAUUGCAGACUUUAUAAUGACUUAAAUCAGUUUAUUUUUAAAAUGCCAUUAGCUUCUAGAACUAUUUCAAAUGUGGCAUGGCUUUCAAAAAUAUAUUUUGUGUUGCUUUUGUAUGUGGUAGACUAGUAUCAAGACCAGGAGUAUUUGGCAUAUAAAAUGCACUUUACAGACCUGCUCUCCUGGUAUUCUUUACAAUUUAAGUGCUUAGAGCCUCUUGGUCUUUUCCUUCCCUCCAGAGUAAAGAAGCAUCAGGAACUGACCGGUCUCUCCGCUGGUAUCAGUGUAGACUACUUAUUUGUGGCUUGGUGUGAAAAUGGACUCUGAUAGUGUGCAAGUCAGUUCCUUUAGACAGUGAGAAAUCAUAAAGGAACAAUUGAAUCUGAGAUUGUUUCUCUGAUAAUUUAGUGUCUUUUGUUGCUGAUCAAAAGUUAUGAAGAAUUGAGUUCACUUUUCUCAGAUAACAGUUGAGAAUAACUUUUAAAAUUAAAAGCUCCCUGAAGGGAAUAAAUACAGAGAAGGUAAAACAGGAGGGUACCUUGCAGAAUGGUGGAAAACUGAUUUUGAAAAUCUAAAAUUUAAUUCGUGCAUGUCUUUACUUAAUCCUGGUAUUUCUGCUAUUAGGAAAUAGAGCUUAACAAAUUGAUAAAUGCAUAUAUUUUUUUACAUGUAGGAUUCUAGUUUCUACCUUCUGAACUCAAGAAAACUAAACUCAACAAACAGGGUAAAUAUCUUCAACUCUUGCCUCAAAUUCAAUGUUCCUUUGUCCUGACAAAGGUAGUUAUAUUUGUCUAAUAAGCUGGUAUCUUUAGGGCAUGACACCCUCCCAUUAACUAGUUGAAAUAACGAUGGCAAAGACAGGAAACCCAACCUUUGUCCCAUGGUGAAGUUAAAAGAGCAAAAGUCCCAUCCCAGAAAGUGCUCACUUUAUCUAGCAUGAAUUGUAAAGAUAUCACCUUUUAAAUGUUCAAUUCUGCACUGUUGCACCUAGAGAGGCAAGGUGGCCCUGUAAUUAGAGGAUGUACAGUGCGGAGUCCUAUGGGCAGUCCUGGCUCCUUUGCCUUCAGUAGUCAUUUUAUAGCUUAAUGUGGAAAGUCAGGGAGCUGAAAUGCCCAUUAUAAAUCCCAAGUCACAAGAUCCUAACAGAAAUCCCCUAUGAAGCAGCUGUAACUGAGAUAAGAGAUUGGUGUUUAAUCUUUAAAAUGUCUGGUUUGUCAGAAUGUGUGUUGCUAUUCUUUCCCACCCAUUAUUUGUAUGAGAUAACCACUGUGAAAGGAUUCAGUGUCUCUUCACUUUCCAAGUUUGUUUUUUAGUGAAGCUUUGCUCUAGUAGUUUUUGUUGAUUUAUUUUCUGCAAUAAAAUGACAACUAUUGUCACAGAUCCACAUAGGACCAGGUAAUAGAAGACUGCUAAAUGACAGAAGGGAUAAUUUCCCAGCACAUGUGAUUCGAUUCCCUUGCUAUGGGCUGCAUACGUAGGUUGAAACAUGGAACUGGGAGAGCAAAAAGGUAAACAGAAUAAUAAUGGAAACUGUCAUUUUGAACAGCAAUAAGGAAAAGAAACAGGUUUUCUCCCCCGACUUGAGUGUGAGGCCAAUUUCCUCUGACCUGUGGAGCUAUGUGCUGCUGAGAUGGGCUGUGGGAACUGUCUGUCCCAGCAUCUUUUCUACUUCUAAAAAGUUACUCUUCCACUUUAAAUGCAAGCGAAGAAUAAAGACACAGGGAAUGGGAUAUGUUCAUUGAAAAGAGACACCUAAAAUGCGCCUACUCAUCACAGGGCUGAACUGAUUUCUGUGAAAUAAAUUGAUUGUUUUAAAUGCUAAUUAUGCUAAGAACACCUCUAAAAAUUAUGUCUUAAAUUUCAAGUUUCACUUUUGGAAACUAUUCCUGAAAAGACAUUGAACACAGGUGGGAAAGUAUAAAAUGUUCUGACAAUGAUUCAGUAUUAUUGUUUAAUCUCAAAUUCGUUGUUAUACAGUGUAGUGUCAUCAUUGGGUUAAAAUGUUGGAUGUUUUUGUUAAUAUACUUAAAACUGUAACCAGUGAAUAACAUUGUAGUAUUUUUUAUUAUAGAUUAUAUUUUAUUUCAAUAAACUUUGAUAUUUAGACCGAA